AUGUCAAGCGCCGCACAGAUUCAUAAAUUGAAUCAGACUGACAACGACAUCAGCAAAUUGCUCAGACUAGCUUCCGAUGCACUCAAAGCUCUUUUACCGCCUUCAAACCAGCAAGAGCGUGAACUGUUAGAAAAACAGCAGCAAAAAUACAAUCAGCUAUCCACACAGCAGCAAUCACAACCUCAAAUAACUCUCUGGGGUGAUGAAGACCCAAAUGAAGAUUACAACGAUUUGGAGCAGGACGAAGCACAGGACGCGAGAUUCGUAGACACCACUAAAUCUUAUUAUAGUCUCCUCAACUCUAUACAAAUCGAUAUACGUACAGCUAUCGCUCAUUUACGUAAUGAAAGGAUAUCUCCUCGAGUUUUGCAUUCGAGUGGAAGUGGUAGUGUACAUCAAGAAUCUAACCUCAGUCUAGGCGCACAAAGGAUCGAAAUUGACAUUAUCCGCAAUCUCACUCGAACUCUGCAUCAGUUGUCAAAUCAAGACGUCGAAAUGCAAUCAUCUUAG